CGGAAGUGACGUGCUGGCGUGCUGACGCGCGGGCUCGAGCCGAUGCCCGAUUCCGCGCCCGCCAUGGCCGACAAAAUGGACAUGUCUCUGGACGACAUCAUUAAACUGAACCGGAGCCAACGAGGCGGCCGGGGCGGGGGCCGGGGCCGCGGCCGGGCCGGCUCCCAGGGCGGCCGCGGCGGUGGGGCGCAGGCCGCCGCGCGAGUGAAUCGAGGCGGCGGGCCCAUCCGGAACCGGCCGGCCAUCGCCCGCGGCGCGGCCGGCGGAGGCGGCAGGAACCGACCGGCGCCCUACAGCAGGCCAAAACAACUUCCCGACAAGUGGCAGCACGAUCUUUUCGACAGUGGCUUCGGGGGUGGUGCCGGCGUGGAGACGGGUGGGAAACUGCUGGUGUCCAAUCUGGAUUUUGGAGUCUCAGACGCCGAUAUUCAGGAACUCUUUGCUGAAUUUGGAACGCUGAAGAAGGCGGCUGUGCACUAUGAUCGCUCUGGCCGCAGCUUAGGAACAGCAGACGUGCACUUUGAGCGGAAGGCAGAUGCCCUGAAGGCCAUGAAGCAGUACAACGGCGUCCCUCUGGAUGGCCGCCCCAUGAACAUUCAGCUUGUCACAUCACAGAUUGAUACACAGCGGAGACCUGCACAGAGCAUAAACAGAGGUGGCAUGACUAGAAACCGUGGCGCUGGAGGUUUUGGUGGUGGUGGAGGCACCCGGAGAGGCACCCGUGGAGGCGCCCGUGGAAGAGGCAGAGGUGCUGGCAGGAAUUCAAAGCAGCAACUUUCGGCAGAGGAGCUGGAUGCCCAGCUGGACGCCUAUAAUGCGAGAAUGGACACCAGUUAAACAGACCGGCAUAUCUGCGUGUGGAAUAGGACCCAGGCGUCUCCUCUUGCUCCCUGGUCGGGGGGCAGUGGCUGGGGCCGUGUGUCCAAUGAUGGAUUUGUUUCUUUUAUGUUUUAAAAUAGGAUUUAAAAACUCAUGUAAAGGUUUUUUUUUUUUUUUUUUUUUUUUUUUAAAUUCUGAAACAGACCUGUUUUGUACCGAGUUAUUUUUGGGAUAAAUUUUACUGGUUGCUGUUGUGGAGAAGGUGGCGUUUCCACCUUUUCCAUAAUAAAAUAGAAAUGUGUGUAGAACUGGAACUGUUUGAUUCAUCCCACUGUUGGAGUCCAAGCCUGGGCCAGGACUUUGGUGUCUGUCCAGCUGGGAGGGGGUGGGAGAACCUGAGUUGGGGAUGGAGCAGCCCCAUCUGGUUGGACACCAGAAACUGGCAUGGGUUGUGGGGGUGGCAGGGGGUGGGGUGUCACCGCUUCUGGAGGGCCGAAGCUGCCUGCCUCCUUUCUCAUCCUCUUUCCUGCCUCACACCUAACGCCUUCCUCUCUAACUCACCAGGUGGGAGGACACCUUUGCCCGGAGCCACCUGUUGACCCCUGUGCCUGUGCCUCCAGAUGGAGUCUCACUCUUGCCAAGGCUGGAGUGCAGUGGCACGAUUUCAGCUCACUGCAACCUCCGCCUCCCAGGUUCAAGCAAUUCCCGUCUCAGCCUCCCAAGUAGCUGGGAUUACAGGCACGCGCCACCAUGCCCAGGUAAUUUUUUUUUAUUUUUAGUAGAGAUGAGGUUUCACCAUGUUGCCCAGGCUGGUCUCCAAGUCCUGAGCUCAGGCAGUCCACCCGCCUCAGCCUCCCAAGGUGCUAGGAUUACAGGUGUGAGCCACAGCGCCUGGCCUACUCACUAAUUUCAGCAUCCACUGAUGGUUCUUGCAAUGCAGUAAUUAUUAACUUAGUUUUCAAAGGUGAUUUUUGCAUUUUCCUCAUUCAUUUGACGUUUAUUAAUUGGAAUUCGUCUCUAAGAAAGAGCAGUCCCUUCAGUUUUUUUUUUCUUUUUUUUUGAGACAGGGUCUUGCUCUGUCACUCAGGCCACAGUGCAGUGGCUCGAUCAUGGCUCACUGCAGCCUCGACCUCCUUGGGCUCAAGUGAUCUCCCAUCUCAGCUUCCUGAGUAACUAGAAUUACAGGUGCUCACCACCAUGCCCAGCUAACUUUUUGUAUUUUUUGUAGAGAUGGGGUUUCCCCAUGUUGCUCAGGCUGGUCUCAAAUUUUCGAGCUCAAGUGAUCCACCCGCCUUGGCCACCCAAAGUGCUGGGAUUGCAGGCAUGAGCCACUGCACUUGACCUACGAUUUCUUUCUUUAUAUAUCAGUAUGAACGCAAGGGCUGUUUGUUUGAUUCUAUGAGUCAUAAUCUGAUACUGUUUCGACGCUUUGGCCAUUGGGAGGUCCUGGAGAUUGUCUCCUGUUCCCCAUCCUUAUUUAGGCACUUCUUUAUUUUGGGAUGUCUUCAGUUUUCCUUGUCCCAGCUCUGCACCCAGCUGCUUCUCCAGGGAGCCCUCCCUCACUGAAGACUGGGAUUUAGCAACCAAGACCUGGGCACUGGCUGUGUUUGUUGCUUCUGGGCCCUCCUGGGACGACAGAGGUGGGAAGUGGAUCUGUGACACGUGCUUGUGCAUUUACCCCCCCGUUGGUUUCUGUAGCUGUCUAGUUCCUGCUGUUCCUGUCUCACCUGCCCCUUUCCUUAUGUGUAGUUUCUUCCUGUGACAGGGAGAAACCUGGCUCUCAGAUUGACACGACAUUCGCUUAGGCCAUGUCAGUGCUGUAGGUGAACUGCUCAACCUGUGCCCCCAGGAGGCGCAGUCACUAUGGAGGCACCUUACUUCCUUAAUCGUGUACUGUUGUUUUUGUGUUUGACCUGUAGCAUCUAAGUACUGGUUUCAAAUGUUGCCUAGAUGAGUUCUUUUCUUUCCACCUCAUCCUGCAAAUUAUGUGAUUUGCAUAAUUUGUACAUAGUUAGGUUCAUUUGUUAGUCUGUAUUCCUUUUGGCUUCCCCCAUAUCCUCGUUGACUUUUUCUUUCUUUUGUAACUUACAUAUGUUACUAUGAAAUUUAUAUGAGGGUAUAUAAUUUUCAUAAAUGUUUAUGGUUUACAUGUAUUAGCUGUUAUUAUUAAGAAGUCACCCUGGGAUUGACUGGCCAACCAUUUCGUGGAAGAUAGCAAUAAAUAAUACAUCACGAAAGACUUUAAUGUAAAAAUAAAGCCAUGAAAGUACCAGGAAAUAAAUCUUUUCAUUUUAAUUACA